AUGGAUAACAGUGUAAGUGGCCGUGAUAUGGCUUUCCUCUUCAACACCAGUUUUGAGGUGGAGGAUAUUGACACUAUCAAAGAAUGUAGAGUUGAUGAAGAAGAAGUGAAAGAUGAAGAAGAAAAUGUAAAAGAGAUGGCAGAAAAUAAUGAGGCGGAGACACUGAAGCGGGUGGACGCGAAUGAGGUAGAAGUGAAGCAGGAUGUGGAAAAGUCGGAAUCUAGUGGAGAAGCAGAUUCAACUUUGGAAGACUACAGAACAAGUGAUGUUGAUGGUGCUGAUGAAGUGCAAAGUGACAUUGCUAAAGUUGAAGUUGAGGAAGUUACGCCUCAUGAGCAGGUCAAUGUUCCUGAAGACACGCAGUCAUCGAGGUCUUCAGACACAUAUGAAGGAGAAGAGCCGGAUUGGUAUAGAUUGGGGGACAAUGGCUAUAUCACAUAUAACUACUUCAACUGUGUGGGACAAAUAAACAUGAAAUUGCAGCCACAGUGGCAAUGGCUUUUCCGUCAAACACGUUGGCCUUUCCGAUUCGCUCCACAACAGAAAGUUGAUGUAUCUGUGUGUGAGAAUCGGAUCCUGCCACUGCGAGCGAGUGUCGGGCGUCUGCUUUUGGAUGUAUACAGUUUUUGUAAACGAAACCGCCAAAUGCAAAAUCUCAUUCUUCUUGAUCCCAUGGCUUUAUCACCACUAUCACCGCUGCUAAAUCUGAUGCGAAACUAUGUGGAACCGAAAGCCCACCUUACUGGUGUUCUGUGGAUGACCCCAGUUGAUGCACUUUCUCCCUUUUACCACAUCCUCAUUCCACGACAAGAUGUCCAAGGUGGGGAAGAGAUGGAGCGCUCAUACCCGCGACCAUUUCAUCUGCGACUGCUCACUCUGACAGCCUUUCUGUCCAAUUGGCUUGCCUGGUUCUCUCGAAUUGAGACCUAUUCGUCACUGGGCGCGUCUCGUGUUCCGCCAGCAGCUGUGUCCGACCCCGUGGCAGGAUGCGUGUUGCGACCGUACACUUUGGGUUGCGGUCAGUCUCCCCUUAUCGAUCUGUGGCCGCUUUGGUUGGCUCGACGACUGCCACUGUUGCCCUUUCAUUUACCUCGACUGUUUGGCAGGCACAUCUCGCGACACUUCUUUCCUUUCACUGACGUCGACGAAAUAUAA